AUGUCGGUGUCUUCAAAUUCUUCAAUAUGUGGUGAUGAAGAUGAUGGAUUGUUACUAGAUGAAGAAGAAGAAAUCGAUUUCUAUGCUAUUCUGAAUGUUCCUAAGGAUGUAAGUUAUUUUGUAUAUUUGAUUCAUAUACUUAUAAAAGGUUUUUUGAGGCAACAGAGGAUGAAAUCAUUAAAUCGUAUAGAAAACGAUGCCUUAUGUUUCAUCCGGAUCGAUUCAUGGAUGAAAACGAAAAAAAGGAUGCGGAAAGAGUUUUUGUGAAAAUUCGUCGAGCUCAUGAAGUUCUUAUGGAUCCUAAAAAACGAGCAAUUUAUGAUGCAUUAGGUGUUCAAGGAUUGGAUACACAGGGUUGGGAACUUGUUACAAGAUCAGCGAAUCCUGAAAAUAUUAGAAGAGAGUAUGAAUUUUUACAAAGGUUGAAAGACAGAGAAUUGAUGCUUCAACGUAUUCAUCCAACAAGCGGUUUUCUUGUCAAAACAUCAUUCGCUGGGCUUUUUCAAGAAAAUCCUGAAGAAAGAUAUCCACCACAAUUUGUUGGAUUAGCAUUGACACAAUCAAUAGAUUGUGCUAUAACUGGUUCAGAUAGAUGUGGUUUAACUGGAAAAGUUCGAACUGGAAAUGGCCGAGGAGAUGGAAGUGUAUCAGCUGUUUGGAAACGAGUUGCUGGAUCAUUUAAUAUUGAGAAUACAAUUAGUUUAUCUGCCGAUUCAGUGGCUUUAAGUGUGAGAGCAGCUAGAAAUGUAUUCACACGUGCUGCAAUAAUUGUACAACCGCAACUACAAUAUAGUAUGUUACAUGAGGCAUUUAUUCCAUCAAUUGUUUUCAGUGAGUUUUAGUCAGACACAUUAUAUUCAUCCAAUAUAAAUUAAAUUUUAAGUUUAUUCAAUGAGACUGCGAACUCGUUGGCAAGGAAGUAUUGUUUUGAAUGUUUCACCAAUAUCAAAUGCAUUAACUACAACAAUGGUUCAUACUGAAAAUAAUCAUCCGAAAGCCGUAGCAAGUGUAACUGUAGGUUUGAUUUAAGGAAUGCAUUUAAUAAAAAAAAAUCAAUUUUCAGUUGUCUCCUAUCAAUUCAAAUGUUCGAUUAGUUUAUUAUCGUCGACAACCUGAACAUGAUGCAGUUACUGAAGCUGCAGUUCAAAUAACAACUUAUGGAAUAUCACCAUCUUUGAAUAUGGAAAGACGUUUAUCGAGAUAUUCGAGAGUUGGUUGUUCAGUUCAUUUUUCAUUUCCUUCUUGUUUACUUCAAACAAAAUUCAAACUCAAAACUGGACAAUCAACAUUUGAAUGGCAAAUUGUUUUAUGUGACGAUAAAGAAGCAUUGUCAAAAAGUGUGAUUUAUGGAAUUGCUGUGCCAUAUUUUACUCUUCAAGUAUGUUAUUAUUCAUUCAGAAUAUUUAUUUAACCCUUUUUCUUCUUCUUGCCUUUCAGUUAGCCAAAAUCAUAUUCCGGCCAUGGUGGGAGCGGUUAAAAUCUUUGUUUGAUGAUCCAAGUGCGGAAAAAGAGAUUGAUCUUGCGAAAAAAGAAGAGGCUGCAAAUGUUGUGAAUCUUAUGCGAGCAACUGCUGAAAGAAUCAAACGAGAAGAAGAAUCGAAACAAGGAGUUGUAAUUGAAAGUGGAAGAUAUGGACAAUGUGAUGCAAGUGGAUCGAGUUCUUAUCCAUUGGCUGGUGAAAGAACUAUUGAUGUAACUGUUCCUUUACAAGCAAUGGUUAAUGAUUCGCAAUUGAGAGUUUAUUCAGUUAAGGUAAGUUGUAGGUUAUAACACAAAAAAAGAAAUGAGGUUCAUUUUAAAAAUUCGUGGGUUCUCUCGGAAAAAAAACUGGGCUAUAUUUUGUAUUCCAAAUUUUUAUGCAAUUUUGAAUUAGAUUUUGUACAUGUAAAUUUUUUUGUAUCUUUCGAUCAUUUGUUUUAAAAAGCUGAAAACUUGUUCAAUUUUUGUCUUGAACUUUUUUGCGAAAACAUCUCUUGGAUAUUUUUCUCGAAGUGUCCUCAAACUUUUUUGAUUGAUCUGAUUUUCCGUCUCACUUACCUUCUUCCUCAAAGAUAUCUAUAUAUUAAUUCAGAGUCAAAUGCCUGGAUUUUAUGAUCCAUGUCCCGGAGAACCGAAAAUGCUAUCAGUCAAAUAUUUAUUCAGAGGAGAAUUACAUUCAGUUAUUGUUAGCGAUGAAAUGCCGUUAAUGAUUCCACUUAGAGGUUGGUUUUUUCGAAAAUAUUCAUGGGGAAGUGCAAGGUGAAACAUUGUUUUGAAAAUAUCCAAGAACUUUCAACACUGCGAGACUGCCGGAACAUGCAUGUCCAACUCAUUUUUUUAAACGAAACAAAGCCGUGGCUUAACUUUCGAUGUCAAUAUGUUAUUUUCAAAAAGGUUUUUCGUUUUGAAUUUAUUUGUGGAAAUUUCACAUUCUAUUUUGUCAUCGCUAAAUUUUCAACUUUUAUUUGAGCCCUACAAAAUUGUUUAUAUCAAAGUUAUCGAUUUUAUAUUAUGUGGGCGAUCGAAUGAAAUCACAUGAAUAUUAAAUAAGAAAAUUGUGGGAAAAUGCUACCAUACGAUUUUUUUACAGCCCAUCGAUUGAACAAUUCGGCGAAUAUUUCGAAUGGCAGUUUAUGA